UGUCUUCUUCUUCUACCACUCUACCCCUUUCCUUGUCUACUACCUCUUGCUCUGCUCUCCAUUUUUUCUGCACCUAUCUUACCUUGGCUCACUGCGGCGACGAAGCGCAAGAGCUGUAAUUUUGGUGAAACUACAAAAUUUACAAAGAGAAAGAGAGUGAAAGUUGCAGCCCACUAGUGUUGUCCAGUAGUACCUGUUAACUAUAUAUAUGAUGAUCAAGCACAUAGCAGGAGAGGGGCCAGAGCAAACGCAAACCAGCCAGGUCCCUCUCCCUCCGCCGCCCCCCGGUCCUACCCUUCAAUUCUGUGCGGCAUUCCUCCUCCCGCCAAGACACAUCCAUCUUCAUUUUUCUAGCCGCCUGCCUUCUUUCUACUGAUUGAGAAUCUGAAACGUUCAUUCUGUGGCAAAUGGCGAGGAGGAGCAGGGUUUUGAUGAUAUGGGUCUGGACGGUGGUCGUCGGGAUACCGGCGGCGAAUGGGUGGUUCCCUGGGGAGCAAGCUUAUGAAGAAGCUGAAGAGGCGGCGUUAAUCUACACCAAUGCCACUGCUGUUUACUCCUCCAAGUUUCACGGUAAUGAAUCCAAAGCCAGUUACUCUCCACUGAUGGUCGGUCUCACCCUCAUCCAUGCAGCUGCGGCCACUGGAGCUGUUUGCUUGGAUGGAACUUUGCCUGGCUAUCAUUUACACCGCGGAUAUGGCUCUGGAGCAAACAGUUGGCUCAUCCAAUUGGAGGGAGGAGGGUGGUGCAACAGCAUUAGAACCUGUGUUUACCGCAAAACUACAAGACGUGGGUCAUCUAGAUACAUGGAGAAGCACUUGGCCUUUACGGGGAUCUUGAGCAAUAGAGCUGAACUAAACCCUGAUUUUUUCAACUGGAAUCGAGUGAAGGUACGGUACUGUGAUGGUGCUUCGUUUCUCGGCGACAGUGAAAACAAGGCAGCACGGCUGCAAUUUAGAGGGCAGCGCAUUUGGGUAGCUGCAAUGCGAGAUCUUUUGUCAAAGGGAAUGCGCAAUGCCCACCAGGCUCUUCUUUCAGGAUGCUCGGCUGGGGGCCUGGCUGCUAUUCUACACUGCGACGAGUUCAGGGAAUUGUUCCCCAGGACAACCAAAGUGAAGUGCCUGAGUGAUGCUGGCCUGUUUCUUGAUUCACCCGACAUAGCUGGGGUCCGUACUCUCAGGAACUUGUACAGUGGUGUAGUGAAGUUGCAGGGGGUGGGAAAGAAUCUGCCUCGUCUGUGCACCAGCCAUCUGAAUCCAACUCUGUGCUUCUUCCCUCAGCACAUAAUUGCUACCGUAAAAACGCCGCUGUUCCUUCUCAAUGCGGCUUAUGAUUCGUGGCAGAUCCAGUCCAGUUUAGCUCCACCAUCUGCUGAUCCCCAUGGCUACUGGAAUGGUUGUAGAAAGAACAAUGCAAAAUGCACUCCAUCACAGAUAAAAUUUCUGCAAGGGUUCAGGUAUCGAAUGUUGAGAACCGUAAGAAGAUUCUCAAUGUCCAAGGCGAACGGGAUGUUCAUAAACUCGUGCUUCGCCCACUGCCAAACGGAGAGACAGGAUACCUGGUUUGCGGAUUAUUCUCCUGCCAUCCGGAAUAAGGCUAUUGCUCUAGCAGUUGGGGAUUGGUAUUUUGGGCGUUCAGCAGCGAGAGCUGUCGACUGUGCGUAUCCAUGUGACCGUAGUUGCCACAAUUUGGUUUUCAAAUGACAGGCAAAAGCUCUGCAAGACUGCAACCAUAUGUAUCAAUUGUUUAUGCACCACCUAUCCCAUUCGUUAUAUUACGUUGGUCGUUGGAAUGAAGGAAAAAAAGGGUGGUAUAGCUAUAGAAUAAGUGCAGCAGUCCAGCCCAUUUAGCUUAGUGGUUCAGAGUCCAUGGUGGGUAGCCCAAGCCCAAGAUAAACUGUCCUUUAAAUGCUACGGCUGGGGGAUGGACAUUCUGUCUGGUUUAGUGUGGAAGCAUAAGAAGAUGAGAGCUGUCAUAAUCUGUCUGGUAUUAUGUGAGUUGUAAACCACUCCCCUUCCCCAAAAGAUGAGGGGAACAAUGGAGCAUAAAUGUUAGCUUAUGAAUAUCUUUUUGUGUGAAAUUAUGUGAUGGCUGGAAUCAAUGGCGCUUUUGUUUCUUUUCCUGAACAUGGGAAGGGAAAUCAGAGGGGAUGAGAUAAAUGGCGGAUGUAGGAUUCGAAACUAUUUCUAUACUUUUCUAUAAUUUAAAUAUAUAAAUAUUUAAUAAAUAAAAUUUAAAUGAAUAAAAUUUAAAUAAUUCAUUCCUAAAUAGAGAAAUAACUGACUAAUCUAAUUAUUUUUUUGCAUAAACAACCACAACGAGUUUUCAUAUUAUGUAAAACUUAUAAAAUACAUUCAUUGUUUACACUCUUAAGUGAGCCUCUUUCAGUAUCCCACAAAACAAUCAUUAACAAAUUGAUCGUCAAUUUGACUUCGAAACUUAUUCUUAAUAUAGCUUAAUGUAAAAAUGAUCUAGCUUAAUGUAAAAAUGAUCUUUCUACAUAUACUGACUGAUAAAACUUAUGCACUUUUGUCUCCACCAUGAUCUGAGAUAAUUUAUCAAUUCAUUUCCAUCCAACAAAUCUCUCAUAAGCCUUAACAUAAUGAUAAUAUAACCCAAAUUGUUGUCGAAUAGUGGUAUCACGAAUGAAACCAAUAAAUUAAUUAUAUUUUUUUAAUUAAUGAAUAAGUCAUCUACACAAUAAAUAAAAAGCCAAAUGAGAAAACUUGAAGCCCCAUUUCAAAUUUCCUGCAUCUAGAGUGAAAGUAGGAAGGACAUUUUAGUCUUCACAAUUACUUUUUUUAUUCAUUAAAAAGAUACUUACUAGGAUUCAAACCAUGAACACUUUAAAGAAAAGCAAAGAUCAUAACCAAUCACAUUAAGUACAUUUGUUGUAUCUUUUUAAAUUAAAAACAUAUAAUCGCAGAGAGGAAAAAACUCUUCCCCCAUUUCAAAUUCCUAGCUCCAUGAGCGUUUGUAAGAAGGGUAGAAUAGGGAGUGUCAAUUUUUUUUUCUCUGUGGAACGGGCCAACUUAUCGUACACAUGCGGAUUUAAACGGGUCCAGGAGUGUCAAUUUUUUACUUUAAGUCCUUUUAUUUCUCCGUGGUGGUAAAAUAUAUAUGAAAAGGCAAAAAACAAUACUCCUUUUAUUGCUAAAAAGAAAAAAAAAAUUAACAAUAAACUAAUGCAUGGAUUCUAAUGAGCUAAUCGUUAAUCAUAAAAUAAAAGAGUUGAAUGGGCCUGACCUACACGGGAUUUGCCCAUAAAGUAAAACAAAUGAACAUCAUGGGUUUGUCAUUUUAAAACAAGUUAUUUUCUCUAGCAUAAUAUAUAUUAUGCUAUUAUUUUAUAUCUUAGUGGCUAAAAUAUAAUAUAUUUUAAAGUUAUUC